AUGGUGAAAGGUCGUCAAGGAGACCGUGUCAGACUCUACGUCCGUGGCACCGUCCUCGGAUACAAGAGGUCGAAGUCGAACCAGUACCCAAACACGUCCUUGAUUCAGAUCGAGAACGUCAACACCAAGGAGGAGGUGGCCUGGUACGCCGGGAUGCAUCUGGCUUCCAUUUACAAGGCUAAGGUAAAGAAGAACGGCAGCCACUACCGCUGCAUAGAAAUAUUUACUACGGUUAUAGCUUUUGAACACUGGUUCAUGGGUUUUAUCUCUACCUACUGUCCAUUAACACUCUAUCAUUCUUUGUUGAUCAAGGAUGGACAAUGUCCUGAAUAUAGUGGGGAGGAUCAAGCUAUUUGUGCUAUUGGCCUUGCUAAAUCUAAACCUGGUGUUUUUGUUGAAGCUAUUCAGUAUCUUUUAAUUUUGGCAACACUUGUUCAGAAUAAUGUGGAGUUAGAUUAG